AUGACUUCGAAAAAUUCAGAACAAACUGAAUUUCAAGGCGAAGAUAUUUCUCCAUCUAAAGAUGGCUGUCUUUUCAAAGAAAUUCUUCGCGAAGGAACUGGCGAUGAACUGCCUAUGUUCGAUGAUAGAGUCACUGUUCAUUAUAUUUCAAGGCGGCUUGAUGGAGUAGAAUUUGACAAUAGUCGACAACGAGAUCGACCUUUUUCUUUCUCUUUGGGUCUAGGUGAAGUGAUUAAAUCCUGGGAUAUUGGUAUAGCAACAAUGAAACGUGGUGAACUAGCACGAUUCACUUCGAAACCUAAAUAUGCUUUUGGCCAAAAAGGACACAGCGACAAAGUUGGGCCAAAUACAACAGUAGUCUUCGAAGUUGAACUCAUCGAUUUUGGCGGCAAAGAUUUCAGCCCAGAACAAGAUGGAAGUAUUCGAAGGCGUAUGAUCAAAGCUGGCGAAGGAAAUCUAAGACCGAAUGAAGGUGCUACUAUCGAAAUGAUGCUUAAAGGGAUGUACAAUGAUCAAAUAUUAGAAGAACGAACGUCAACUUUUAUUCUGGGAGAAGGAUGUGAAGAAAAUAUUCCUGCAGGUGUCGAAGUUUGUGCUUUCAAGAUGACUACAGGCGAACAUUGUAAACUCUUUUUAAAAUCAAAAGGACUUGCGGGUCUCGAAAAAUUCAACAUACCUUCUGAUGCAACUGUUGAAUAUGAGCUUAAAUUGAUCAAAGUUGAACGAGCCAAAGACAAAAGACCAAACACCGACGAUGAAAAAUUAGCUGAAUCAGAAAUUUUAAAAGCACGUGCAGAUCAAUUACUUAAAGGUGGUCAUUAUGAAGUUGCUAUAAAGAAAUAUAAAAAGAUAUAUGAAUAUCUUCUAUCAGCCAUAUUUAGUCACGAUAGCGAUAGACAAAGAUGUAAAUUUUUGAAAAUUGCUUCUCAAUCGAAUUUGGCUCUAUGCUAUAUGAAAAUGGAUAAUUAUGAUGAUGCUAAACGCGCAUGCAGUAGAGCGUUAGAUUUCGAUGAUCAAAAUGAAAAAUGUAUGUUUCGUCGUGGUCAAUGUCAUUUAGCAAUGCGAUUUUAUGAUCGAGCAAUUCAAGAUUUUGAAUCUGUUCUUAAGCUAAACCCAUUGAAUGCAGCAGCAAAACAACAAAUUCAAAUGUGUGAACAACAAAUAAAAGCACAUGAAGUCGAAGAAAAGCAGAUAUAUAAGAAAAUUUUCCAGAAAAGUCCUCAAGCCAAUGCAUCGAACAAGGCUAAUUGA